AUGGAGUCGGCUGGUGAUCCCUCAACAGCAGCAACAGCCACUGCGGCAUCGUCGGUUACGGCGCAUGCUGCGGACAAGGAGGUCAACUCGGAAACUGCUUCGGCCCCCUAUGGGACCCGCUCGCGUAAUCGCACGGGCAGCUUUCGCCCAAACUACGCCGAGGAUAAAGACUACGAUGUCGACGUGUAUGAUUUCGAUCACGACAAGUCUCACGGCGACAAAAAGAAAGGUUCGCGACAGUCGGUAGCAGCCGCCGCCACCCAAGCCGACAGCGGUCCUCAAACCAGCUCUGGUUCCAGCUCUCGCAAGGCUGCCGGCGAUGCCACUAAGCAGGCAGCAUCGCAGAACGGCUCCAAAGAGCACACGCCUUCUGUCGCUGCGACUCCAUCUCACACGACAAACGGUGCCGUGACGCAGCAACAGCCGUCAAGGAAGCGCAAGGCAGCAGCGGCGGCGCAGCACGCCAACGGCAAUGCCGCCUCGUUGUCGACUAAACGAGCCGCGCCGGGGUCGUCAAAUACGACGUCUUCAUCUUCGGCGUGGACAGGCUCAAACAUUCUCACAUUCACUAACUGCGGUGCGCGACCGCAGAAUGGGCGCCUGGUUGCCGAUGAUGGGACUGUGCUGGAGGCGAAUGAUCAUGUGUACCUCGUGUGCGAACCACCUGGUGAACCCUAUUACCUUGGGCGCAUCAUGGAAUUUCUGCAUCAGAAAAACGACGCGUCUAAUCCUGUUGAUGCAAUACGCAUUAAUUGGUUUUACCGGCCCAGGGAUAUUGGGCGCAAGGUGCACGAUACGCGAGUCGUGUUCGCUACCAUGCACUCCGACGUCAGUCCCCUGACAGCCCUGCGAGGCAAGUGUCAGGUCCGCCACCGCGUCGAGGUUGGCAAUAUGGAAGAGUACCGUCGCACACCCGACAGCUUCUGGUUCGAAAAGUUGUACGAUCGUUACAUUCAAAAAAAUUAUGACCUUAUCCCGACGUCGAGCAUCGUCAAUGUUCCCGAAAAAGUUAAGAAGGUGCUGGACGAGCGCUGGAAGUUCGUACUAGUCGAGCAGGGGCGUGGCAAAGAGCUCACUAGCGCCGUUAAGCUUUGCAAGAGGUGCAGCGGCUACUGUGCCAGCCGCGCCCAGGAGCGUAAGCUCGAGGCCCGUCAUACACCUGGUCAGAAUGGCGGCGUCGACGCCGAGGAGGAAGACUUCCUGGAGGAGGAAGAGGAGGACGCGAAUGUUGCCGAUACUAGCCGCUCCACCCCGGAAGACGACAAAGAUGCCCCCCACCAGGGCACCGCCGAGCAGGUCUACAACGCCAGCUUGUGGCCGUGGCGAUAUUUGGGCAUGCACUGUAAGCCGGAGGAUGCCCUCGAUUACGACGACCGCAUCUACCCUCGUGCGAGCACGCGCAUCGGCCCGCGUCAUCAGGCUGCUGUUCUUCCCUGGCCUGGACAACCUGUCCAAUACGUGAAGCCACCUGAGAAGAAAAAGGGCAAGAGGGACAGGGACGCCAGAGCUGCCGAGGAGGCCGCGGCGUUGGAGCUUUACCCCGAUGGGAAGAGGCCUAAAUGGGUGCAGGAUAUGCCUCCAGGCUACGUGGCCCGCGGCGAGGACACCAUCGACGCGAACGAUCCUAAUGCUACAUCGACUCUCCUGUGGAAGCCCCCCACCUCCGAGGAUACCGCUCGUGACGUGACCGAGUUUGUAACCAAGUCUAGGGAUCUAGCCAAGGGCUUGGGGCUGCCGGAACGAUCGACCAACAUCCAGGAUGUGGCGCUGCGGUCCGCCUUCCUCAAGGGCUACGACACGAAAAAGGCCAAGGAAGCCCUCUUAGCAACCGAAAGGGCACAGUUCAAGGAGCCAGCGCCGACCCCGGCAGAGCUGAAGAAGUUCGAAGAGGCCGUUGUCAAGUAUGGCUCUGAACUCACCCUCGUUACAAGGCACGUCAAGACCAUGAAGCCCGGCCAGAUUACCCGAUUCUACUACACCUGGAAGAAGACGGAGCGAGGCACGUCCGUGCGGAGCAGUCACGCGAGCAGCAAGGGCAAGAAGCAGGCCAAGCGUGCAGAGGAAGCAGCCUCAAAGGUCACCGACGACGUUGCAGACGACGACGACGACUCGGCCUUUGACUCGGGCAAGGCCGUCGACAAGAAGAGAGCCUUCAUGUGCCAGUUUUGUUCGGGUACCACGUCACGGAGAUGGCGCCGGGCGCCCAACGCCAUGCCCGGACUUGUCAACGAGAACGGUGUCAAGGCCUCCACCAAGGACAAGGGAAACCAAUACGUUGUGGCUCUGUGCACGCGAUGCGCUGAGCUCUGGCGGCGAUAUGCCAUCCGUUGGGAAGACAUUGACGAGAUCGCCAAGAAGGUUGCCCAGGCCGGCAGCAAGUCCUACAAGAGGAAGCAGGAUGAAGAACUACUCAAGGAGCUCCAGGCCGCCAACGAGAGGGGUCUGCUGACACCGGACGAACCAGAGAGCCCCACGCCCGCUCCAGCGGCCAGCAGCGCACAUGAGCCACCUCGAAAGAAGCUCAAGGGUGCAGAGAAGACCGACAAGGCUGAGAAAUCUGAGAAGGCUGAGAAGGCUGAGAAGACUGAGAAGGCUGAGAAGACUGAGAAGGUUGAGAAGGCUGAGAAGACCGAGAAGGCCGAGAAGACUGACAAGGUCGAGAAGGAGGUGGAGCUAGACGUGGGCAGCGGCUCUCCUCCCGCGGCACCCGCACCCAAGAAGAAGGAGAAGGAGAAGGUGUCAGAAGUUUCGGCUAUUCCCGCGCAGCCCAAGCCUCGAACGCUGCCCUGCGCCGUCUGCUUGCAGAUGGACCCCAUGACAGAUCAUGUCUCUUGUCGGGAAUGCCGCCUCACGGUCCACCGCUCCUGCUACGGCAUCAUCGACAGCCGCAGUUCGGGUAAGAAAUGGACGUGCGAUAUGUGUGCUAAUGACAAGAACCCCCAGGUCUCUACGAAUUAUAAAUGCGUCCUCUGCACCGUGGAGCACACAGACCAAGAGCUGAUAGAGCAGCCGAAGCUCACGCACCACAAGAAGAAGAUGUCGGACAAGGAUCGCGAGCGGGAGCGGCUAGAAGUUCACCAGGCUCGCAAGGCGUUGGAGCUCUACCGCAAGAGGCAGGAGGAGCUGAACCGGCCCCUCACUCCGCGCGAGCCACUGAAGCGCACGGCUGACAGCAACUGGGUCCACGUUACCUGCGCCGUCUUCACGGCCGAGGUCCAAUUCGGAAAUGCCAAGGCACUGGAGCCAUCGGAGGGUAUCCCGUCCAUCCCCAGGCCCCAUUACGACCAAAUUUGCCGUGGAUGCAACCGCCUUGGAGGACCGUGCAUUACUUGCCUCGGCUGCGAUGCUUCGAAUGAGCAUAUUCUUGCGUUCGAAAUCAUCCCGGUCAAGAGCUCGCGCAGGGAUCAGGUCCACACUGUCACUUUCAAGAACGAGAGCGGCUUGAUGGCUCCCCGUCUCUGGUGCAAGGACCACGUGCCGGCCAAGACGGUUCUGCACCACAUGCACGACCGUAUGGGGGACAAUGGCGGCCUCAGCGCACUCCAACUCUACGUCCAGAACUACAAGCAGGCGGACCUCACACUAACGGGAACGAUGCGCAAGGCUAACCUUAUGUCUCUGGCGGCUAAGACGUCUGGCACGACCCUCCGCAGAUUCUCGACCACGGCGACCACCGCCGUGGCCAACGGAGGUGGUACGACGCAGGCCAAGAAUGGCGAUGUCGGGGAGCACUCCUCCCCGGGCGCCGCUGCCCGCUCCGGAAACAAGGUGUGCGUUCGCUGCGGUGUCGACGUCAGCCCGCAGUGGUGGUGCAUAGACAAUGCCGUGAAUGCCUCUACGCCCAGUCUCUUUCAGGGGAUACUGGCGGCGGCGGCCAGGGAGGAGAGCAAGAAACCUGCAUCGCCGAGGAAGUACCAGUGUCACAAGUGCCAUACUUCAUGGCUCCCCAAGAAGCUCUCGCCGAAGCCCCACCAGCAUGUCCACCGACCCUCAUGGCCUCCUCAUGACCUUUCUUCUCGCUCACGACUGCCCCACUCAGGCACGGUGGCUACGCCGACCCCAACCAUGAGGAGUCCCGAACGCCCCGUGGCCCUUGAACCCCAGCGAGACGUUCGCCAGCCGCAUCACGCCUGGCCUCAACCUCAACCGCCGCUCAUCCACUCUGUGGUGCAGACAUCACAGGCACCACAUACACCGGCAAAUGGGGGCCCGCGACCCCCGACAGGUACUCACAGCUUCUCACCCCCGCCGAGACCGCCGUCAUCGAUACAUGGGUCGCACAUGCCGGCAUACGGUGACUGGUCGUCACGCCCGGGAAGCCAGCAGGGCUCGCCGCCCCGGUUUUUGAACGGCGGACUGCCAACCCUCCCCAACAGCUCGUCGUCUCUGAGCACUCUGUCGCCGCUACGGCCUCCGAACCUCUCAGGAGCGCCGCCACCGCCGCCACCGCUGAGCCAUCCGCAGAGCCAUCCGCACCACCCGGUGAGUUUGUUGAACGGCAUGCCCCCGUCGUCAUCGCCUCGCCUCGGGCUCGGGCCGGCGGCACCGCCUCCGCCAUCGACGGGCUAUCCGACGCCGUACCACUCAGCUCCUCCGCUAGCUUCUCAUCACGGGCUGAGCAACGGUGCCCCGCACCAGAGGCAUGAUCCGUAUGGCCGUCCUGGCCUCCCGCCGCAAAGGCCAUCAUUCUCGGGCGCUCACGGUAGCCCUCUGGGAACCAGGGCCGGACUCCCGCCGCCGCACGAGACCUCUUCGGUGUCUCCAGUACUGAGCGUGUCGCGCCACAGCAACGACAGCCGGCCAGCUAGCGGGGCAAGUGCGAACCCGUCGCUGAGAAACUUGCUAUCAUAG